AUGUUAUGCAAGUCCCCAAAAGAAGCUUCUCUAUGUAAUAGUCUUUGUUGCAACGACCUCCAUCAAUGCUCUAAAUAUCAAAGUGAGUGCUCCAUAUACUCAGAUGUAUAUCAUUAAAUAAGUAGAAUCAUUGCAUCAAAUUGAAUUGUGAUACCUGUUGUUUAUUACAAGAAAAUCAACAUUCUUGUGGAACAUAUGUACAAUGUAGCAAAUAUUUCGACUUAUUCUAUUUGUGGUGUUUAGUUAUCCUAGCCUUGUUGUUGGUGGUGUUACUGAUAAUUAAAUUGCGUACUAAGUAGAGAUCACAAUAAUAAGGUUUAUGACAGCUCGCCUCAUACGAAUUCAUAGAGCAUUUGCAAAGUUUAACAAAAAAACGACAAUAAUUUGAU